AUGGCCUCUAUCGAUGAAUUGUUGAGGAUGCAGACUCACCUGAUGAGCGCAAUAUCUCGCGCGCUUCCUAAUUUCAAGAAGUUGGGACAAGCCAAGAUGACACCUGCCGUAAUGCGGCAACGCCUCAACACUCUCAAGGAAACCUUUGCCAAAUGCCAAGAGCUGGAUAUUCAACUUUUAGCUACGGACGAGAAGGUGAAGGCAACUCAUGCGUACUUCACCCAAAAUUAUUUCCUAACCUGUGAGGAUUGUUACAACGAAGCAGCCGAUUUCACGGCUGAACUACUGGACAGUCACGAAUCCCGCGAACCCUCUUCCGCUGCACAUGAAUGUCACAAAAACUUGAUAAAUCAACACGAAAGGCGUGGGAACUUAAGCUCGGCGAUACGGUGGAAUAUCCACGUUACAGCACCCGCGAUUUCAAAAGAUAAAUCACCGACGACCUCCAAAGGCAAAACACUUGCCUCGCAUGCCGCGUCUACCGCUCAGUUCCUAUGUCCAUUAUGUAAAGCGAACCAUCUAUUGUAUCAAUACUCUACGUUUUUAAAGCAAACUCCCGUUCAACGUUUCGAUUUCAUUAAAACCCAAAAGCGAUGUUCCAACUGUUUCAGUGUAAAACAUUCUGUUAAGGAUUGUACGAAUUCUCGUUCGUGCAAACAGUGUAAUAAACGGCAUCACACGUUACUACAUCUUGAUACCCCCGCUCAGCCACUCGCUACUGAGCAACCGUCGACGUCCACCACCGCGAAUCUUGAAAGUCUAAGCGCCGUUGCGUCGCAUUUAAUAACGAAAACAGUAGCACCGAACUCUCAGAUCUUACUCGCAACAGCUCGCGUACGAGUUUAUUCGUCUCAUACAUGCUUUGUAAAUGCUCCUGCGCUCCUUGAUCAAGGAUCUGCCGCUACCUUUAUAACAGAAUCGCUUGCGCAACGCCUACGACUUAAGAAAAUUAAUUGUUCCGCCUUCAUCACCGGUAUAAGCGAAAUGCAGUCCGUCGUGCGUUACGCUGCCCAAAUUACCAUUACCCCCGCGGAUCGCGAUGGACCUGCUUACUCGACAAUCGCGCUUAUAUUACGAUCAUUAAUCAAAUACGUGCCAAAUCAAAUCGAGACAGCUCGUAACUGGAGCCACCUCAAGGGACUUAAGUUUGCCGAUGGUGACCCUAUGAGCUCGGAUCCGAUCGAUCUUAUCAUAGGUGCCGAUCUAUUCGGCCUGCUCAUCAUCAACGGAGUCCGAAAAGGAGCUCCGAAUGAACCUACCGCGCAAAAUACCACUCUCGGUUGGAUCCUUUCAGGACCAACAGCCUCGUUUUCAGCUAAUCACUCUACUAUCGAAUUUGCGCAUCACGGUGUUGUCCUUGAAACUCUCGAUCGCGAUCUUCGUCGAUUCUGGGAGAUCGAGGAAGUACCUCGGCAAAUUCUUCGCAGCCCUGAGGAACAUCAGUGCGAUGAACACUUCAGAACCACACACUCACCUUUCAUAGCAUGGAACAACGCCUACUUCGAGACACAACUAAAGCUUCCCUGUACCGCGAUUUUCUCACAGAAAUCACAAGAAUAUGAAACCCUCGGUCAUAUGACCAAAGUUACACCCGCCGAAAUUGUUACAUCAAACCAAGUUUACUAUAUCCCGCAUCAUGCUGUCCUACGCGACAGCAGUGCAACCACACGACUCCGAGUAGUCUUCAACGCAUCUUGCCGUACUUCAAACGGGAUGUCGUUGAACGAUCAUAUGCUCAUUGGCCCUAAACUGCAAAGGGACUUAGCCACGGUCAUCAUGCAGUGGCGCCAAUACCGUUACGUAUUUACCGCCGACAUUACUAAAAUGUACCGGCAAAUUUUAGUCGAUUCACGCGACACCAACUACCAACGCAUUGUAUGGCGACCGAACUCCGGUGAACCAAUCACGGAGUACCGUCUUCUCACAGUAACCUACAGCACAGCUGCCGCUCCAUAUUUAGCCCUCCGAGUCUUGGAUCAGCUUGUAGACGAUGAAGGAGCCAAAUUUCCGCUAGCCGCCCCCGUUCUCUGUCAUCAGACAUAUGUCGACGACUGCGCCUUCGGCGCCGACGACCAAAAUCUCGCUCGUCAAACACGCGAUCAAUUAAUAGAAUUGCUUAAAAAGGGAGGCUUUCGCCUUCGCAAAUGGGCGAGUAACGACUCGGAUCUGUUAUCCGAUAUCGAUUCAUCCGAUCAUGGUUUAGCCACUCAUAAAGUCAUGCAAGACGAUGAGCACAUUAAAGUAUUAGGAAUAAUUUGGAAUCCUAAAUUAGAUAUAUUUCAAUUUCGCGUCACUCUACCAUCGUCACCCGUCUGCACCAAACGAGUCAUUCUGUCAACAACUGCUAAGUUUUUUGAUCCAUUAGGAUGGGCUACCCCUGUCACUGUCACAGCCAAAAUUUUCUUGCAACGAUUGUGGGCACUUCAUUGCCACUGGGAUGAUGAAAUCCCUCGCCAACUUCUUGAUUGUUGGAUGGACUAUUAUAAACGACUUCCGUGCCUUAAUGCUCUGAGCAUACCGCGCUGGACCACUUCCAGUUCUCAGACGGUACACCGCGCCCUUCACGGUUUUUCCGACGCAUCGACAGCAGCUUACGCUGCAGUGGUGUAUCUUCGCACCGUCAGUCACGACGGCUCCGUUACCGUAACUCUUCUAACUGCCAAAUCAAAAGUGGCACCUCUUAAAACGAUAAGCGUUCCCCGCUUAGAAUUGUCCGCUGCAAUGCUCCUCGCGCGGUUAAUUCAAUUUACGCGCUCAGCGCUUCAGCUCCCGAAUAUAGAGUGUCAUUGCUGGACUGACUCCAUCAUUACACUUGCCUGGUUGGCUCAGUUACCUUCCCGAUGGAAAACCUUUGUAGCCAAUCGUGUUUCGACUGUUCAAUCACUAAUCCCCGAAGUACCAUGGCGUCAUGUCAUGACGCAAACAAAUCCAGCGGACUGCGCAUCACGCGGCCUCGUUCCCGACUUAUUGGAGAAGCAUGACCUGUGGUGGUCAGGCCCUCCCUGGUUACGACAACCUCCCGAGUCUUGGCCUCAUUUGUGCCCUUCGGUCCCUUCCAAUGCUCCUCUGGAACACCGCUCGGAUCCCCCAGUAUGUGCCUUACAUGCCACAUCAACCUGGGAUCUCGAGUCUCGUUAUUCUUCGUGGCCAAAAUUACUAAGGAUCACCGCGUAUCUUUAUCACUUUCUGAAUCGACUCCGAGCUUGUAAAGAUUCACAAUCUUGUGCCGUCACUUUGCUUCCCGAAAAAAUUCAGCAAGCCAAGAGUUACUGGCUUGGUCGGAUGCAGUCGCACAUGUUUCCGAGUGAGAUUGCAGCUCUAAAUCAACAGCGUCCGUUGCCAAAAAACAGCCCGCUAUCAACUCUGAACCCUUAUUUAGAUAAGGAGGGACUUAUUCGUUUGCGGGGAAGACUCCGACGAGCCAACCUCCCAGGAGCGACGAAGAAUCCCCUCGUCUUGCGUUCACACCCGCUGGUGGUACUCAUUAUCCAGCAUCAUCACCUUCGGAUGCUGCAUUCCGGCGUUCAAUUAACGCUCGCAUCAUUGCGAAGCGAAUUCUGGAUUCUCCGUGCCCGCGCUACAGUUCGAGGCGUUCUUUAUAAAUGUAUACAAUGUACGCGAGAACGUGCCGACAUACCUAUACUCAUGAGUGAUCUUCCUGCCGCAAGAGUUAACCGUACAGUACGCGCAUUUAUUCAUACCGGUGUCGACUAUGCAGGCCCGAUCGCCGUCCGAAUCAAUCCCGGUCGAGGACAUAAAUCGCGGAAAGCAUAUAUCGCGUUAUUCGUCUGCCUCACGACUAAAGCUCUACAUUUAGAGUUAGUCAGUGAUUAUACUUCGUCGACCUUCAUUGCAGCGUAUCAGCGACUGAAGAUGACUCAAAUUGAAGUCGAAACGUCUCAAUUACAUAUGGAUAAUAAUAAUCAUAUCAAUUGUGCCGAUCCAAUCCCGGGAUGUUCAUUUUGGGAUUCAAACCCAAAUGCCGAUCAAAUCCCGGGGUGUUCAUUUUGGGAUUCAAACCCAAAUGCCGAUAAAAUCCCGGGGUGUUCAUUUUGCGAUUCAAACCCAAAUGCUACGUACGACACUCCGGGUUCUACUUGGAACUCACAUUCAAACAUUGAGAUAGUAUCAUCUACGGGAGAACAUAACAAAUCAAACACAGCCAAGACUGCCGCCAACAAACACAAUCAAAAUCAUGGGAUGACGUAA